CGCUCCCAUCCCCUCUUUGCUCCUCCGGGGCUGCUUAGUAGCUCUCUUAGGGUGCACUGCCUCCUGAGGAUAUGGCGGCGCCCCGAACCUGCGGGGACGCCUCCUGUUGCUCUCACCAGAGCACUGUGCCCGGCGUGCAGCAGUCCCUGGAAGAAAUGGACUUCGAGAGAGGAAUCUGGUCAGCAGCACUGAAUGGAGACCUAGGACGGGUGAAACAUUUCAUUCAGAAGGAAACAGAUCCCAGUCAACCUGACCCUUCUGGAUACACUGCCUUGCACUAUGCCAGUCGAAAUGGGCACUAUGCUGUGUGCCAGUUCCUCUUGGAGAGUGGAGCCAAGUGUGAUGCUCAGACACAUGGGGGUGCAACAGCUUUACACCGAGCCAGCUAUUGUGGGCAUACUGAAGUGGUUCGACUACUGCUGUCCCAUGGAGCUAAUCCAGGUGUGGCAGAUGAUGAUGGAAUGACUAGCCUACACAAGGCUGCUGAGAGAGGUCACUUGGAUCUGUGUUGCCUCCUGCUGCAGCAUAGCCCAGCUUUGAAAGCUGUUCGAGACCGUAAGGCCCGGUUAGCAUGUGACUUACUGCCUUGCAACAGCGACCUUCGAGACCUGCUUGCUAGCUGAAUAACCAGAUUCCUGUCUCAGCAACAAUUCUGGAAUCUCGAUCUUCUACCCCUGCAUUCUAUGGAGUGGGAAACUGAAACUCAGGGCUUGUGAGACUGAACAAAAGAGAUAGGACCGUCCUGAGGGAGGUCACUGCCCAGGCCAGGAAGGGAACUUGGUGUAGGUGCUCAAGUCUGACAGGUGAUCAUAUUCUAAAUUAGCACAUGUGGAAACAAGCUAUUUCCCUAGUUAAGAGUCGGUACCAAUGACCAGAUAAUUCUUUAAGGGGAAACAGCUUCUUCUUUCCCACACCCCAGAACAACCCUUUUUCUUAGAGUAAAAUAUUCUCCUCUGAUACCCUGAUAACCCAGUGAGUUAAUCUUCUUGUUAUGGGGCAAAUAAUGAAAAAUAGAGUCAGACUUAUUUUUACUUUAGUAUUUUGCUGGCAGUCAUAAGCAACUCUUCAGUGCCUUUAAAACUGAAGGCAAGAAAUCAUCUAAAAUCUGUCAAAACCACCAGGAAGCAAAGUGUUAGUGGGCCGCUUGGACAUUAAAGCAUUUGCAAGGAAAAUAGCUCUGAUGGUGUUGCUCAUUUUGGACUACUUAACUUGGGUGAGAAUUCAACAAGCAGCUUGGUGUAAUGGAAAGAGUGUUGGAUUUGGAGUCAGAAUCUGGGUUUAAAUCUCAGCCCCAUGACUACUUUUGUCAUCCGUAGAUGAGCUGGUUAGAGAAGAUGAUGUCAAAGUUCUCUUCCAGCUCUGAAUCCAGCUUUUAACUCCUUGCUCAGUGAAUCUCCCUUGGUCACUCAAUAUUAGGAACUUCAGCUUUUUGUCGUUCGGCAUGUGCCCCCUCCCCCCGCCCACCCCCAGGCUUUGCAGUCUUCUGUUGCUCAAGUUAUGGAAUCAUCUUUCUUUAGCAUCCGUUUUUCCAUUGAAGGUCAAGAUUUUAACCAGCCAGAUAAAGAAUUGGACUAGCUCUAAGAGAAAUAGGCACAGCUUAUUUCAGGGGAAUCAGGGAAGAAAAUUAUGGAACUGGAUUUUGUGGUUGUUAAUACCUAACAGGAAGAGAACUCCACAAGCUACAAUUUCACUUGGUUCAAUUAUGAGAAAACGGUUCCUGUUCAUGGACAGAGGCCACACAAAGACCUACUUUAAAUUGGUUGGGGAGCUUGCUUCUUGCUGCCUAUUCCUACGAAUAUAGGCUUAACAUUUUUAAUAAAGGAAAACAAAGUGCUCACUCCA